UCUACAGCAUUCGUCGGUGACGUUCCCAGCAAGUCUGCUGUAAAUUACAACAACUACAAUCUCCAGGAUGCGGGAAGACAGUAUUAGGAAGGGGGAUAUUGGUGUUACUUUAUCUGAACGUUUGUGAAGUCUUUUCAGGUUCUUUGGUUGUACUAAAUUUCAUUACAGAAUGGCAACUGCAAAAGAUAUAUUGAAAUUGGAUUUAUACAGUAUUUUGGGGGUGAAUGAAGACGCCACAAACAAAGAGCUAAAAAAAGCAUACAGACAGCAGGCACUGACAUGUCAUCCUGACAAGCACCCGGACAACCCCAAGGCAGCUGAGCUUUUCCACCAGUUAUCUCAGGCAUUGGAAGUGCUAACAGAUGCUGCUGCUCGGGAUGCCUACGAUAAGAUCAGGAAAGCCAAGAAACAGGCUGAGGAGAGAACAAGAAAACUUGAUGAGAAGAGGAAAAAGGUGAAAUUAGAUUUGGAAGCACGAGAAAGGGAAGCAGAACUGAGGAGUAAUGAAGAAGAGGAACUGAAAAUUAAGAUGACCUUGGAGGAACAAAUAAGACGUCUUCGAGAGGAAGGUUCUCGUCAGUUGGAAGAACAGCAGAAGCUGAUUCAAGAGCAAAUUCGGCUGGAGAGGGACCAGAGAGUGCAAGGUUUAUGUGACCAGCAUAGAGCUAACAGUACAUCGACGCCAAAACUAAAAUUGAAGUGGAAGAGCAGCAAAAAUGAUGAGACAAAUGGAGGAUACUCCGAAAAUAUGCUACAGAGACUGCUACAGAAGUAUGGUGACGUACUUAAUCUGGUGCUGUCCAGCAAAAAGAAGGGUACUGCUGUCGUAGAGUUCUCUAGUGUACGAGCUGCUGAGCUCGCUGCUCAGAAUGAAAAAGGCCUGAUAAGUAACCCUCUGAAGAUCUCAUGGUUGGAAGGAGGACCACACCAUGAAGCACAAGAUGAAUCUAGACAGCAACCUGCCACAUUUGCAGCGUAUAUGGAAAACAGAAAUCGUACAGCAACAUCACAGAGCACAAUCUCAGAACGAGAUUAUGAAAGUGUGGUAUUAAUGCGAAUGCGACAAGCAGCAGAGAGAAAGCGACUUAUAGAGGAGAUGCAGAAGGAAGAUGAAGAAGACGGAGGAAAAUAAACUUUUUUAUAGUGUACUGCUUUUUGUUUUAUUUGAUGUUUUUUACUGGAAUACUUGCUGCUACACAAAUUAAACUGUCUUCUUGAGACAAAAGAGUUUACUCAGUGAGGCUCAGAACUACGGUCAUUAUCACGGCUGAUAACAUAUCAGGUUGUUUGUUCUCAUGUACUAUAAAUUAGUUUAUUGAGAAAACUUCA